AAACCCUAGGUUUCGAUUACAGUCGGUGGUUGUUGCCGCUCUAUUUUGGCGUUCCGCCAUUUAUACUCCAAUCCUUCAGUUUUUUUAUGCUUAAAGUUUAGAGUUACUGGUCUCUCCAUCCCAAUUCACCGCUGUAUUUGCUGAAUUAUCAGCUGCUUCUGAAAGACCAUAACCUAUUCAGUAGUUUAGUAGUUAAAGAUGACGAAGAAGAAGGAAAAGAAGGUAAAUGUCUCUGGGAAACCGAAGCAUUCACUGGACGUCAACCGAAGCGAUGCGAACAAGAAUUCGCGUAGCGCUGCCACUGUGCGGCGCCUCAAGAUGUAUAAUACGAGGCCGAAGCGUGAUCGGAAAGGGAAGGUGUUGAAGAAUGAGCUUCAGUCGAAGGAGUUACCUGACACGCGGAUUCAGCCUGAUCGCCGCUGGUUCGGGAAUACUCGAGUUGUGAACCAGAAAGAGCUUGAAUUUUUCCGCGAAGAGCUUCAAAAACGGAUGUCAUGUAGCUAUAAUGUGAUUUUGAAGGAAAAGAAGCUCCCCCUGUCCUUGUUGAAUGAUCAUCAGAAGCAAUCUAGAGUCCAUCUUCUCGAUACAGAACCUUUUGAGGAUGCAUUUGGGCCAAAGGGGAAGAGAAAGCGACCAAAGCUUUUGGCUGCUGACUAUGAGUCACUACUUAAGAAAGCUGAUAAGUCUCAUGAUGCCUUUGAGGAAAAUCAUGCUGAUAAUGCAACUGCAGAGGGAAGUGAAGGUGAUGGAUUUAGAGACCUAGUUCGACAUAAUAUGUUUGAGAAGGGUCAAAGUAAACGUAUAUGGGGUGAGCUCUACAAAGUAAUUGAUUCUUCAGAUGUUGUUGUCCAGGUUCUAGAUGCAAGGGACCCUCAAGGAACAAGAUGUUACCAUUUAGAGAGACAUUUGAAAGAGCAUUGCAAGCAUAAACACGUGGUUCUUCUGUUAAAUAAGUGUGAUUUGAUUCCUGCUUGGGCAACAAAGGGAUGGCUUAGAGUGUUAUCAAAAGAAUAUCCAACUCUAGCAUUUCAUGCAAGCGUCAACAAAUCCUUUGGAAAGGGUUCUCUCCUAUCUGUGCUGAGACAAUUUGCUCGCUUGAAAAGUGACAAGCAAGCUAUCUCCGUGGGAUUUGUUGGGUAUCCCAAUGUUGGAAAGUCAUCUGUAAUUAACACAUUACGGACUAAGAAUGUAUGCAAAGUCGCACCAAUUCCUGGGGAAACUAAAGUGUGGCAAUAUAUAACUCUCACAAAGAGGAUUUUCCUGAUUGACUGCCCGGGUGUUGUUUAUCAAAAUAGUGACUCUGAAACAGAUAUUGUUCUUAAGGGCGUGGUACGAGUUACAAAUGGAGGACGAUAAUGACUUCUUAAUUCAGCUAUGCAAGUUGACUGGCAAACUGUUAAGGGGCGGCGAACCUGACUUGACAACUGCAGCAAAAAUGGUCCUCCACGACUGGCAGAGGGGUAGACUUCCCUUCUUUGUACCGCCACCUCGAGUAGAUGAUAAGUCGGAAGAACCCGACUAUGGUGUGGAUGAUGACUCAGGCGUGGAUAGCAAUCAGGCUGCAGCUGCUUUCAAAGCCAUUGCAAAUGUGAUAUCAUCUCAGCAACAAAGAAAUGUGCCUGUUCAAAGGGAUCUGUUUAGUGAUACAGAAUUGAAUGGCGAUGCAUCUGAUCAGAUUCUAGUCUCCGAGGAUGAGCUAGAGGCUCCUCUUUCUGACACCGAGGAUAAGACAUCUGGAGACCAGGAUGAUGUGGUUGAAGAUCAGCGUCCAACCGCAGGCUGAGACAGUCUGGUGACGUUUUCCUGCUUAUUUUUGUAUUUGUUGAAUCUUUUUGCCAAUGCUUCUCACCCAACUUGUUCUUAGGCCGUUGGCGAAGUAGGCUAUCUAUUCUUGGCUUCUAUUUUCCCCUAGUUUCUCUGUUGGGCAAAGCUGGAAAAAAAGUCACCCCUAUAAUAUAACAUGUCUAGCUAGCUUCUACAUUUCUUUUGAAACAGACUUUCAUAUAGUAGGUCAUUAAAGGCAUUUCUAUUUAUUGCAACACUGCAUAUGAAAGCAGCUCCAAAUCAUGUUCACAUUAUUGAAAUGAAACGUCACAUAAAUGUUUUCAACUUUAGAAAGGCUAAUAUUCGUUGGCUGAAAA